AUGUCGUCGAUGACAAAGGCAGUGAAAUCGCUGCAACUGACUCCUCAACCCCAAGCAGUGGCAGUGAUGAGAUGUGGAUUGUGUCAAGGAGGGCAUCAUACUGAUCAAUGUUCUAGUCUUCAAGGACCACCAAUCGAGGAUGUGAACUACAUUGGCAACAAUGGCCAAGGGUUUAACCAAGGCAACCAAUACAGCAAUCAGCAGAAUUGGAGGCCUCAGCAAUCGAACUGGAAUCAAAGUGGUCCUAGCAACAACUCGGGGAACCAAUGGAGGACAAACACUCAACCCCCGGGUUAUGAGAAGAAGCCAUCGGUAGAAGAUCAAUUGGGACAGAUACUCUCCUUCAUGACCAAGAGUCAAAAGGAGAAUGAGAGCUUCAAAGAAAGGACGGUAGAGAAGUUUGGUCAGAUGGAGGCUACAUUGAGGAAUCUCGAGACUCAAAUUGGGCAGAUUGCUACAGCAUCUCACACAAGAAUUCCUAAUGCUAUCCCGAGUGAUACGGUGCCCAAUCCUAAAGGUUUUGAACAGUGCAAGGCAGUUAAGUUAAGAAGUGGAAAGGAUCUUGAGUCUCCAAUCAUGCUAGAUGCACAAAAUGGCUCGAACAUCUUGCACGCAGGGGCGGACAAGUUGUUUGGCUCACAAACCUCGCACGCAGGGGCGGACGAGGGGAUUGAGUGGGCUACUACCGAAGCUAGGGAAUGUCAACAAGAAAAAGAAGAGUCAACCAUGAGUGAUAUCCACAAGAAGAAUCCACUAAGUCCGGCAAUGGACCCGAAGUGUCCAUUUAAUUUUCCAGAUUUUAUCCCGCCACCACCUUUCCCAGUCGAGAAUAAGAAGAAGGGUAGGAAAAUAAUUCAAGAGAAAGGACUCGAUUGGAUGAUGAACAUUAUCAGGAAAGUUAAUGUAGAUGUGUCCCUGGAUCUUAUUGCGAAAAAGGAGAAGAUACAAGACGAUGGUGUGGUGAUAUUGAGCGCAUUUUGCUCACAAUUUGUGAAGGGAAAGAUGCCGGCAAAGAGAAGAGACCCUGGAAGCUGUGUGAUCCCAUGUGAGAUGGGAGAUAAGGAGUUCCCAAAGUGCCUACUUGAUCAAGGCUCGGGAAUAUCAUUGAUGGCUCUGAAAACCGCACGGUCAAUCGGUCUAGAAGCGAGGAUUGAACCAAUCGACAUUGACCUACAAUUGGCGGAUCAUUCAAUUGUGAAACCAAAAGGUAUCAUCGAGGAUGUCUUGGUGAAGGUUGAUAGAUUUGUACUCCCGGUUGACUUCAUUGUCCUAGAGAUGGAAGAGGACAAGGAUACGCCUAUCCUAUUUGGUAGGCCAUUUUUAGCAACCGGUGAUGUUGUGAUAGAGACCAAGACAAAUACGGUCAUGUUUCGAGUAGAUGGAGAGAAUGUGGUGAUCAAGCAAGAGAAGGCGGGGAAGCGCCUAUUGGAGCCUGGAUAG